GUUAUGUCAUAAUUUAUUAUUAAAAAGUGAUCAACGUUGGGCAUUUGGUCUAGUGAUCAAAAUUUUGCAGAUGCUGCAAUUAACAAGUCUCAAUAACUGAGUUUUCUAAGUGAUUAUCUUUCUCUCAGGCAUAUCAUCGAACAACUUACAGGCAUCCACCAAAGUCUACCAAAGAAGAGCUUUUUCUUGGUUAUCCUCUGGAGAAGAUGAGUUCUUAUGAGAUUGGGCAUAUAAAUCUGAUCUGGGCACAAGCCGUCUUCGAAGUUCAUGGCCUACAGAGAAAGAAGAAAUAACCAAAAAUUGACGUUUUUGUCUGUUCGGUUAAUUUUGUCUCUUUUUGUUGUUUGAGUCAACAUCAACAAGGUAUAUUUUUUAUGUGGUGAGUCAUUGUCAUUGUCAUCAUCAUCAUCAUCAGCAGCAGCAGCAGCUCCUUCACAUUGUAAAUAGUCAUACGGUAACGUGUUCUCUCUAGAAACCAAAGACAUCAAAGGAAAAUUUAGAAUUGAUAAAAAAAAAAUAUGGAUACAAUUCGAUUUUUUUCUUGUAGCUCUCUCCCUCAAGACAUAAUCCUGAAGAUCGGCUCUUCUCUUCAGGUUUUUGCUUGUAUUUUUUUUACUAAUUCUUCAGUUUUUUUUUUAUUGUGAUGCUACUUCUUGGUAAAUUGUGUGCUAUUUGAUGAAUAGGUGAUUGAUCUUUGUGCAUUAAGUAGCUGUUCUACGUUUUGGAGAGAGUUAUGUGGUUCUGAUAUCUUAUGGGAACCUCUGUUUAGGCAAAGAUGGCCUUUAUUGUCCUCAUUUGAAUCUGAUGGAGACAAUACUCUGUUUCUUUAAACCCAAACCAAUGAAAAUUCUCAGGUAGAAAUGAGACAGUUCCAUGGAUUCUUGUUUCUUUCAAAUUCAAGUUUCUGAGUUGUUUUAGAUUUUGGCCAUUUUUGUAGGAUAGUGAGUUUGUUUGUUGUUGAAUUGAAUUCUAUUUAUGAUGAAUUGGUUCUCAUUAGAUGGAUGAUGUUUGAUUGACAUGGUAGAGAACAAUUGUUUAGUUGAGAUAUUUAACAAUUGUUCUGUCUUGGAGAAACAAAUUACUGAGGCAUAUUGAAGGUGAUGUGAUUCUUGAUAUUAUCUGCUUUAAUUGUGGAUAGUUGGAUUAUAGAAAGCUUGAGACUUUUUUCUUGAAGAGGUGAUAGUUGGAAUUGGACAUGGUCAUCAUAAUCGUUUAUAUAUCUCAACUUGCAGUUAGACUUUGCUUGUUUAUAAUUUGUUGUUGUGGCAGAGACUAAAAUUCUUUGUUGUUGCGUUAGCAUUACUUUGAGGUCUAUUACAGGUUUCAUGAAUAGUCUAUUUUAAAGCUUUUGUAGGAAUGGAGAAGAUUUUAUGUGAUGCAACACAAGGAAAUGGCAUCAAGAGCUUCCGAGGUGAUUAAAUAUGUGACUAAGUCUCCUGCUACGUUGUCUUUAGAGGCAGGUAUAUAUCUGCACGCGGUUGAAACCAUGAGCUCGAUGCGGUUUGGAUUUCAAGAUGUGGAGUUAUUUUUCUUCAAACCAAACUUAAGUGUGCUGCUCAACCUCAUUGGACUCAUUUACUGCAUACAACACUUGAAACCGCGGCGAGAGCAAGUCGUGGAUGUGCUAAGGCAAUGUGGAAUCUCAGAGCAGCUAGUUUGGGUGAAAUGGUUAACGUUAGGUCGAUGGUCAGGUGGGAGUCGAAUGAGAGACGACAUCGUGUCGCGUCAGGUCUCUCUAGUCGAUGUUGUAACAGGGAAAGAAGAAACGGUUCUACGAGUGCUUCAACGAGGAGUUGUUCACGAAGUUCUACGUGUUUGUAUCUCAACCGUUGAUCUUGCCUGUGCACCUUGCAGCAGUAGCACCAUCAGAAACUACUAAACUGUUUCAAGGAUUCGAGGAUUACAAGUUGAAUUGGAUUCAAUGAAUGUGAUUAAACAUGUGAUAUUGAAACAGUAUUGAAGUUCGAGUAAAUAAUAACAACGCGCAAUUCAAAUGCAAACGAUUGUAUGGAGAAUUAACUGUAAGAAAUUCGCGGUAAAAAAACUGAAAUUAUAGGAUUCAUAUAUUGGGCCUUAGUAUAUUUUCGGCCCAUUACC